GAACAUACUUUCGUUUUCUUUACUAACUUUUCCAAGGAACAGAAACUUGACGAAAACUGUGAGUAAGGGAAACGACUCACUGCCAACCUUUGCGCAACCUCUGACAGAGCAUAAUACACGAAUAAUAGAGUAUGGCUGGAGAACCUACUGAGAGACCUGAACUGGGAGAUGAAGGAGAAGAAGGAGACGAGACAGAUGCCAAACCUGACCGCAGGGGGAGAUUUCUGCUGUUUGGGAGUAAGAAGAAUAAGGAUGGCCAGACGCGGGAGCAGGACUACUCUUCUGAAAGCCAUUACAGAAUUGUUUCACCAACAUUCCAGUAUAAGAUGAGCCACCAGCGAGUGGGCAAGUGCAUCAUCAUCAACAACAAAAACUUUGAUGAAAAGACAGGGAUGAAUGUACGCAAUGGCACGGACCGAGACGCAGGUGAGCUGUUCAAGUGCUUCAAGAGCCUGGGCUUCGAUGUCUGCAUUUACAAUGAUCAGACAUGUGAGAAGAUGGAGCGUCUUCUCAGAGAAGCCUCGGAGGAAGACCAUAGUGACAGCUCGUGUUUCGCCUGUAUCCUGCUAAGCCACGGUGAGGAGGGCAUGAUCUACGGCACAGAUGGAGCCAUGCCCAUCAAGACCAUGACCUCGCUGUUCAGGGGGGACAUGUGCAAAAGCUUAGUCGGAAAGCCAAAACUCUUCUUCAUCCAGGUCAUCGUUGAGAAAGCUACUCAGGAUCACAAUGAAAUGUCAUUUCAUUUACUUCACCAGGCUUGUCGGGGUUCCGAAUUUGAUGAUGGUAUACAGACAGAUUCGGGUCCGCCGAACGACACCCUGGAGACCGAUGCUAAUCCGAGACAUAAGAUCCCUGUAGAGGCAGAUUUCCUCUUUGCCUACUCCACUGUGCCAGGGUAUUACUCAUGGAGGAACCCUGGACGCGGCUCCUGGUUUGUCCAGGCGCUCUGCAACGUCCUCAACGAGUUUGGCAAGCAGCUGGAGAUAAUGCAGAUCCUGACACGGGUCAACUACAUGGUGGCCACCAGCUUUGAGUCCUGGUCUGAAGACCCACGCUUCAGUGAGAAGAAGCAGAUUCCCUGCGUGGUCUCUAUGCUGACGAAAGAACUGUAUUUCAACUGACCGCCAACCUAA